UCUACCAUCUUUCUGUGCCGCCAUUAUGGUGAGCAUGAAUGUCCUGGCAGAUCCUCUCAAGAGCAUUAACAAUGCUGAAAAGAGAGGCAAACGCCAGGUUCUUAUUAGGCCAUGCUCCAAAGUCAUUGUCCGAUUUCUGACUGUGAUGAUGAAGCAUGGUUACAUUGGCGAAUCUGAAAUCAUCGAUGAUUACAGAGCUGGGAAAAUUGUUGCGAACCUCACAGGCAGAUUAAACAAGUGUGGAGUGAUCAGCCCCAGGUUUGAUGUACAACUCAAAGAUCUAGAAAAAUGGCAGAAUAAUCUGCUCCCAUCCCGCCAGUUUGGUUUCAUUGUGCUGACAACCUCAGCUGGCAUCAUGGACCAUGAAGAAGUAAGACAAAAACACACAGGAGGGAAAAUCCUGGGAUUCUUUUUCUAGCGAUGCAAUACAUUCAUACAAAUAAAAUGCCUCAUUGGAAAAAAA